UAUACUAAAAUAUAAAAUAAACCACACCCCGAAAAUUCUCAACGCCUAAUGCUCAACAAGCAACCAUGAAAAACGUCGCAGUUCUAUCAUCAGCAACUUCGGGGAAAUCGACUACGACCACCGCCUCCAUCGAAGAACACCUAUCAGAUCAAUGCCGAGACAGCUCCUGCUACUACUUCCCGGAUUGCCGAAAAGAUGCGAAUUGUAACUGCGAAAUGUGCUUGGCAAGUAUCAAUGCCACUCUCGACCUCGUCCCCAUGAGCUCUCUCUCCAAGCUCUCCACCGUUUCUAGGCCCAACCACAAGGUUGCAGUUACUCCCAUUUCUUUCAGCGGUUCCAGUUUGUCCACGCCCACUUCAAACACUACCCGGACUCCGGAGUCUCGGCAUCUUAGAUCAUCUUCCAGGACUAAUCUAAAAGAGAAGAACCCGAAGAGAGAGGAGCGGAAAUGGGGCUGCGGUGGCGAUUUCUUGAGAUUGUUUAGGCUGUUUAGCUUGAUUUUCGUAGCGGAAUUUGGGUUUUCUGGGAUAGUUUCUGAGGUGUUGAAGCCUGCGUUUACUCCGGAUAUGGUGAGGAAUUUUGGAGAGAAAUCUUCGGCUGUGAGAGAUUUGAAUGGGAAACUGAGGUUCUUGCAGAAAUCGUUGCAGGGUAUUGUUGAUGUUGAUAAAAUUUCCAACUGCAGCUAUGCUAAUUCCAGAUGGGAAAUCAACCAGGAUGGUUUGCUACUUAACUCUGGCUGCAAAUUGUACAAAUCUACCUCAGAGGAGAUAAGAAUAUGGGGGUGGCCUCUGCAGACGGCGGGCUUACUCGCAACUGGAAUCUCUUCUAGAUCGUUCACCAUUAUAUCUGGCAGAGUCACAGAGUGGUCGGAUGGAAAGGUUGGGUAUGUUAUUCGAAAGACGAAUUCUUCAUGGGGUCACCGAAAAUGGGGAUCCUCUGCAGUUCAAUUCGAUCCGAAUACAUGGAUUCUGGAAUAUCAGCGCAGCGCGAUACUUGAAAAUCCAAGAUUGGUUUCAGCAGCACUAGCAAUAUUGAAAUACAGGGCGUCAAGAAUACUUGGCAAGAUGAAGCAAGAUUUAUGGCUCUUCUCUGCUUUCAAGAGUUACCAAAACCAUAAUUUCGCUGCCCAACACCCAACCUAAUGGAUUAUGUCCAAUUUUCUCAUUUCUUGUGAGAAGCUGAAUUUGCAUUUUUCUCCAUUUUUUGUUCUGUUUUGGUGUGAAACUUCUAUGCUUGUUGCUCAAUGAUAUAGAUAAUUAAUUAGUACACCAAACUGUAUAUGUUGACCACCUAAUGCAAUGUAAUGAGGAAAUCUUUGUACUUCCUUUUCUAGAUGUGGUUGAGAAGAGAACAAUUAAAUUAUGGUAUAAA